AUGCCGCCUACAAAACGCAUCCGUGCGCUUCAGGCAGCAUGCACAGGCCGUCUGAAGCCAAGGGCGUCUGUCAACUUAAACCUCAAUCCAGUCUGGCGUGCUGCCGGAAAGAGGCUCCAUUCCUGUUUCCGCCUGUUGGAUCAUUUUGCUGCGUUCCUGAAGCAAGGAGGAUCGCGCAAGCCCUCUCGAAAGCUUCAGGCUAAGUUUCGACUGUCCGGAGGUGGGCUGCAGCCGCGAUCCGCGAUGUCAGCGUACACCAAAGGGGAGUAUGAGCAGCUAGACGCAGCCUCUGGCAGAGGUGUGGAUUCACCGGAUGUGCCAAUGCGGCGCUUUUACGAAGUCUGCAUGGUGUUCCAGCACAAGACGGACAAAAGAUUUGCGUUUGACGAGCAAGAAAACGAGUUCCACCGGGCUCUGCCACCUGCUGGGCCAGAGGAUCACACCAAGAUGCAGGAGUGCCCUGCUCCAGCUGCGUGCCAAAGGAUGCAGCAGCCUACGCGGGACUUGUGGCAGAAGGUGCCUGGCUACACGUCAGAUGAGGACGAGGAUCUUGCAAGUCGUGAGCCCGCGGCCUCGCAGUUGGAAGGUCGGCUGGGAGAGGUGCUGCUCGCAGCUUCUAGCCGUGGUUUGGACCGUCCUAUGAUGCAAUUUCGACCAGUGCCAUUCUCUGGCAGCAAGGCUUGUUCGCAGACUGCAGCAAAGAGUCGCUCCCCGAGCGUGCCAGCGUUCCUGUUGAACGGCGCGGAUGCUCCUCUCCUGCAAGAGACGUUCCUUCACAACGGCAUUGUUCCAACCCUUGGGAAUGAUUAUGUGAUCCAGUGGUCUGGGCCCAACAUCAAAGAUGCUGUAUACCAGAGCAUGACUGAAUGGCAGAGGAUAAACCACUUCCCCGGGUCAACAGAAUUGACCAGGAAAGAUCGUUUGUGGCAUCAUUUUGCAGAGAUGGCGCGCAACUACGGCAAGCGCUGUUUCGAUUUCGUACCGGAGACAUACGUGCUACCAGAACAGUUUGAUGAGUUUCUGACAUGCUACCAGAGGACGAGAUGCACUUGGAUUGUCAAGCCCAACUCGUCGUCGAGAGGUAGAGGAAUCUUCAUCCUCCAAGAUCUUUCAGAGCUUCCUGUCGACGAGACGGUCGUAGUUUCACGGUACAUCAUGAAUCCACUGUUGAUUCAAGGCCUCAAGUUUGAUUUGCGAGUUUAUGUGCUGGUGACUUCCUUCGACCCGUUGAAAGCGUAUAUCUAUCGUGAAGGACUGACUCGCUUCGCGUCGGCACCUUACAGUACACAAACGGAUCACAUGCAGGACGCCUUCCGUCAUUUGACAAACUACUCAAUCAACAAAAACUCCUGCACGUUUGUGGAAAACAGUGACCUUCGCUGCGACAAUGUCGGCCACAAGUGGAGCUUGUCUGCAUUGAACAAGCACUUGCGCUGUGUCGGAGUGGAUGUUGAUCUCAUGUGGACUCGCAUCAUGGAUUUGAUUGUGAAGACGUUGAUGUCGGUAGAGCCCGCGAUCAGCAGCAGAACGAGACAAGUUCUGGCAGGCAGGGAAAACUGUUUCGAGCUCUACGGAUUUGACGUGCUGGUAGACGAUGAAUUGAAGCCAUGGUUGCUGGAGGUGAACCUAAGCCCAAGCAUGCAAGCAGACUCCCCACUUGACUGGCAGAUCAAAAGCUCCUUGUUGGCUGACACCUUCAACCUUGUGGGCGUGAGCUCGCCGGAGAGACAAACCCCGAAAGACAGAGCCCGGCAUGCACAGCCCUGGAAGCAGGCAAGCGGGAAAGGUGAAUGCACGAAGGAGGACGUUUCUGUCGAUGAGAAUCUUCCACCCGUUAUUCUCAAUGCGCUACCGGAGUCAGCUCUGAAGAUGAUCGCCAAGUCCAUAGGUGAGCGUGCGCGAUGUCGAAACUUCGUUUCCCUUUAUCCGACACGUGCAGCCGUGAAGCGCUAUGGCAUCCUAUCAGAGGGCCGCAUGCAGCCCGGGAGUUUGUCUCGCAGCGGCUUCCCCACUGCACCCCUAUCACUAUCCCAAAUCUUGGCUUCGAUUCUUUACGGACCUCCCCCGCUGCGCUCGGCGACGGAGAUGAUCAGACCUGAUCAGCGGGCCGAGGGUUCCGGGCGGGUUGAAGACAAGGCAGAAGCUAUGCGAUCUGUGAGGGCUCUGCCGGAGGGUACUCAGUCAGACUGGCAUCGACCACGAGAUGUAGCGGACCUGGAGAGCAUCCUGGGACCGAAGGAGCCAUGGUCUGGACAAGGGUCCGCCGUUCCGGUGUCGCCGCUCCCGCCGAGCGUGGCAGACCCCGGCAGCAGCUUGGAGGACCGAGAGUACGCGCUCAUGGCUGCCCGCCGUACGCUACGAAACCUUUCAGGAAGGACUUCUCGACCAAAACCGGAUCCUCAGGCGCAGGAUACCAGCCAGGCUGACGAAGAAAAGCCCACCCCCAUCUCUUCGGUGAACAUGGCCUCUUGCCUCUUGCUGAUGGAAUACCUUAUGCGCAUGGAGGCCGCUUGCGACAAUUUGGGACCUUCCGCCUGCGCACGGCUGGCUCGGAGCGCGUCUUACGCGCGCCUGUCCAACUUCCACCGGCAGCUCCCCUGUGCAGCCAAAGCCUUCAACGAUGCGGGUUCCUCCAGUUCGAGUUCGUCCGACAGCCCACAGGCGAGCGAGGGCAGUCUCAUUGAGGAUCUUGGAAAUGCCUGCCGAGACAGCCUCGACGUCUUGGAAAGAUUCGCUUGGCAAGAGGUGGAUGCAGACUGGGAGUUUCACGAAGAGCGAGAUAGCAAACCUCGGGACAAUCUUCCAAGCAGUCGAGCGAGGAUGCUGUCCAAACGACUACCAAAAUCCUUUGAGAAGAGCAAGGAGUGCAAGAAGCUUUUGAAGGUUCUGCCAGAGCUUCGAGCGGCUGACUUGGAAAGCCUGCUGCGUGGGCAUGCGGCUUCGGGCUUGCAGUCGAGCAAUGAUGAUGUCUGCUCCAUGCUGGAGUGUUUCAAGACAUCUGACGAGGAGGAGGAUGGGAAGGACUUUCAGCGGUCCUUGCCGGGUGGUCUCUGGCCGGCGUCGUCAUCGCCGAACCUGAUGCGAGCUCGUUCUCAAGGCUUGCCCAUGAUUGGUGCUGAGUCUCGGGGCAAUGGAUGUGGCGGAGGCGAGAUACCUUGCGGUCCACUGUCGGAAAUCCUCACUGCUGCGGCAGCAGCGCACGUCGAGCCAUGUCGGCCUUGUCGGCGACCUCCCGUGUCCGGGCGAAGAAGCCCCCCCAAGCACAGAGGUUUGGGCAGCUCGAGCUUCGCAUCCUGGCCUAGACUUUCGAGUGCGAAGUCCUUGCCUCCCGCGACAGUGAUGAAGGAAGUCACGGCAUCCUUGGCAAACCGCAUCGUCAUGCCAGUACCCAACUUCAUGUCCACGGGCAUCCGCCGCCGAUCAAAGCCUCGAGCUCUGCCAGUGCCAGAGCUUCUGCCUGAGGAACGGGCCCCAGCUGCUGUCUAG